AUGGUCACCAAAGACAGCGACAACAAGGAGAACGCUCCUGGCGAAAAGCCGCCCCAGAUUGACAACAGCGCGAGCUUCUUGCGCGCCGCCAGGGCAGGGAACCUUGAGAAAGUACUCGAGUACCUCAAGGGCAGCAUCGACAUCAACACAAGCAACGCCAACGGUCUGAACGCGCUCCAUCUCGCGUCGAAAGAAGGCCAUGUGCUCGUCGUCAAGGAGCUGCUCCAACGAGGAGCUGAAGUCAACGCGGCCACCAAGAAAGGCAACACGGCUCUGCACAUAGCAUCGUUGGCCGGCCAGGCGGACGUCGUACAAGUUCUCGUGGAAAAGGGCGCCAACGUAAACGUGCAAUCCCAGAAUGGCUUCACGCCACUCUAUAUGGCAGCCCAGGAGAACCACGACGCGGUCGUGCGCUUUCUACUGGCCAAUAAUGCUAACCAGAGCCUCGCGACCGAAGACGGCUUCACCCCGCUAGCCGUGGCGUUGCAGCAGGGCCAUGACAAAGUCGUGGCCGUCCUGCUCGAAAACGACGCCAAAGGGAAGGUGCGUCUGCCCGCGCUGCACAUCGCAGCUAAGAAGGACGACACGAAGGCUGCCGCCCUACUCCUGCAAAACGAACACAACCCCGAUGUAACUUCGAAAUCAGGUUUCACACCUCUUCAUAUUGCGGCGCACUAUGGAAACGCGAACAUCGCAGCGCAGCUCUUGGAGAAAGGAGCCGACGUCAAUUUUCCAGCCAAGCAUAAUAUUUCCCCGCUACACGUAGCAGCCAAAUGGGGUAAACAGAACAUGGUGAAACUUUUGCUCGAUAAAGGCGCUCAGCUCGACUCAUCCACACGGGACGGUCUCACCCCUCUGCAUUGCGCUGCUCGAAGCGGUCACGACCAAGUCGUCGAUCAGCUGAUUGAUAAGGGUGCUCCGAUCACUGCCAAGACGAAGAACGGACUCGCGCCCCUACACAUGGCCAGUCAAGGAGAUCACGUGGAGAGCGCAAAGAUUCUUCUAAACCAUAAGGCGCCCGUAGAUGACAUAACUGUCGAUUAUUUGACCGCGCUGCAUGUUGCCGCGCAUUGCGGUCAUGUCGGUGUAGCGAAGCUGCUUCUCGACAAGAAAGCCGACGCUAAUUCGCGUGCGCUCAACGGUUUUACUCCGUUGCACAUUGCAUGCAAGAAGAACCGCAUCAAGGUUGUGGAGUUGCUCCUCCGUCACGGAGCAUCCAUCGAAGCGACCACCGAGUCCGGAUUAACGCCGCUGCAUGUGGCCUCUUUCAUGGGUUGCAUGAACAUCGUGAUCUAUCUCAUCCAACAUGGCGCUAACGCCGACGUACCCACGGUGCGGGGCGAGACGCCUCUACACCUGGCAGCUCGAGCGAACCAAACCGACAUCGUGAGGAUUCUCCUCCGGAACGGCGCUCAGGUUGACACCCGGGCUCGCGAGCAGCAGACCCCUCUACACAUCGCAGCUCGGUUGGGUAACGUCGACAUCGUCUGUUUGCUACUUCAACACGGAGCUAACGUCGACUCCGCGACCAAAGACCAGUACACGUCGCUGCACAUCGCCGCCAAGGAGGGCCAGGAGGACGUCGUCAACAUGCUCCUCGAACACGGAGCGUCGGUGACCGCCGCAACAAAGAAAGGCUUCACGCCACUGCAUCUCGCCGCGAAGUACGGUCAUCUCAAAGUGGGCAAGCUGCUCCUCCAGAGAGAUGCGCCCGUCGACGCUCAGGGCAAGAACGGCGUAACUCCGUUGCACGUUGCCGCCCAUUACGAUUACAACAACAUCGCCCUCCUCCUACUCGAACGAGGGGGCUCCCCGCACGCCGCUGCCAAGAACGGAUAUACCCCGCUGCAUAUUGCCGCUAAGAAGAAUCAGAUGGAUAUCGGAACUACGCUUCUGGAGUACGGCGCCAAGACGAACGCCGAAUCCAAGGCAGGCUUCACUUCCCUUCAUCUUGCGGCACAGGAGGGUUUCGCCGACCACGCAGCGCUCCUCAUCGAGCAUGGGGCUAACGUGAACGCCGCCGCCAAAAACGGACUCACGCCCUUGCAUCUCUGCGCUCAGGAGGACAAAGUCAACGUGGCCGCCGUCCUGGCCAAGAACAACUGCCAGAUCGAUCCGAUGACAGCUGCAGGCUACACACCACUGCAUGUCGCCUGCCAUUUCGGUCAGACGAACAUGAUAAAGUUCCUCCUGCAACAUGGCGCCGACGUGAACGCAGCCACCACGCAAGGCUACACGCCCCUGCAUCAAGCAGCCCAACAGGGACACGCCAUCAUCAUAAAUCUGCUUCUCGAGAACAGAGCCCAGCCCAACGCGACGACGAAGCAAGGACAAACAGCGCUCUCUAUCGCUGAGAGGCUCGGAUACAUCUCAGUGAUCGAGACCCUCAAAGUGGUAACCGAAACCACCGUCACCACAACGACCACUGUGGUCACAGAGGAGAAAUACAAAGUUGUCGCCCCCGAAACCAUGCAUGAGACCUUCAUGUCCGACAGUGAAGAUGAAGCCGAACAGGACAACAUGAUGGGUGACCAUUCCUUCAAAUAUCUCACUGCUGACGAGAUGAAAUCCCUCGGAGACGAUUCGCUUCCAAUUGACGUGACAAGAGAUGAGAAAGCACACGAAGCCCAUGUGGCCCACAUGGCCCAGCAAGCAGGACACAUCGCCCCAUCUGCCGUCGAAGAAGACCGCCUCUCUCCAUCGCACCUCGACAGCUCCUUCGCCAAGGCGGCUCCCGACAAUGUCGAGGUCAAGCGAACUCCGGUUCAUGCCGGUGGUGAAGGAAAACUAAAGUGGAAAACGUUCCUUGUGAGCUUCAUGGUAGACGCCCGUGGUGGAGCUAUGCGAGGCUGUCGCCAUUCGGGCGUACGUGUCAUCAUACCCCCGCGCCGUGCUACCAUGCCGAUGCGUGUUACGUGCCGAUUCAUACGCAAGGAGAAACUUUCCCACCCGCCGCCGCUGAUGGAGGGUGAAGCCUGUGCAGCUCGUGUCAUCGAAAUGGGUCCCGCGGGGGCUAAGUUCCUCGGGCCAGUUGUCAUCGAAGUUCCGCACUUCGCCUCACUCCGGGGCAAGGAGCGUGAGAUUGUCAUCCUGCGCUCCGAUAACGGAGAGACCUGGAAAGAACACACUUUGGAAGCGACAGAAGACGCGGUCUCCGAGGUUCUCAACGGAAGCUUUGAUGCUCAAGAACUCAACGCGAUGCAAGACUUCAACACGAGCCGAGUUACUCGAAUUCUUACGACUGACUUCCCGCAGUUCUUCGCUGUGGUCUGCCGUAACAGGCAGGAAGUGCAUUCGAUCGGACCCGAAGGUGGAAUGGUUUCGUCGACGGUGGUAUCGCAAGUGCAAGCCAUCUUCCCCGAGGGAGCGCUUACCAAGAAGAUCAAAGUUGGACUUCAGGCCCAACCGAUCCAUACCGAGAUGGUCACUCGACUCUUGGGCAACCGGGUAGCCGUCAGCCCGAUUGUGACCGUCGAGCCGCGCCGACGCAAAUUCCACAAGCCGAUCACUCUGACGAUUCCGCUGCCGAAAGCUGCUCACAAGGGAAUGACCAACCAGUACCAGAACGAGUCACCUACGCUCAGAUUGCUUUGCAGCAUAACAGGUGGACAGACCAAGGCUCAAUGGGAAGAUGUGACUGGAUCGACUCCUUUGACUUUCGUGAGCGAAUGCGUAUCGUUCACCACCACCGUUUCUGCCAGAUUCUGGCUGAUUGACUGCCGUCAAAUCACCGAUGUGACCAAAUUCGCAACAGAGCUCUAUCACGAAGCAGUGCUGGUCCCGUUCAUGGCCAAGUUUGUGGUAUUCGCCAAGCGCCACGAGCUGCUCGAAGCUCAGCUUCGGGUGUUCUGCAUGACAGAUGACCGAGAGGACAAAACGCUGGAAAACCAGGAGCACUUUGCCGAAGUUGCGAAGAGUCGCGACGUUGAAGUCCUCGAGGGAACUGAGCAGUACCUCGAAUUCGCUGGCAAUCUCGUGCCCAUUACAAAAUCUGGCGAUCAACUCGCUCUGACUUUCGAAGCGUUCAAAGAGAAUCGCGUGUCUUUCAAUGCUCGCGUCAAGGACAUGCACCAAGAGCCGAUGGGCCGCGUGGCGUUCAUGAAAGAUCCUAGAGGAAAGCACCAGGACGUCCCUCAGAAUCCUGUCUGUAAUCUCAACAUCCGACUCCCCGAACCGGUGGAGUACGAGAGUGUGCCGCUGGAGAAGAAGUACGGCUUCGUCCGCCAAGGCGGAGCCGGCGAUACUCACGAAAUGAUCCAUCGCGCUGAUCUUCACCUUUCCGAUAUCGCAAAAGAAGUCGGAAACGAUUGGGCAGCUCUCGCCGGCCAGCUUGGCAUUCCCGUUCAAGAGAUCCAACAGAUCAGAGACGAGGUAGCCAACGACAAGGAACAGCAAACUCUCACCAUGCUGAAAAUCUGGAUCCAACGCAUGGGUCCCGCCGCCACCGGUAACGCUUUAGAGAAAGCCCUGCAGAACAUCGGACGGGACGAUAUUGUCCACAAGUGCAUGUCCAACAUCGAGGUGGUCACUGACGACGUGGAGAAAGCGGUUGCCAAGGUCCAUCUCAGCGGACCUGGCUCUAUUACCAGCGUGACCAAGACCACUGUCGUCACGACCAGCUCUACGGACGAAAGAGACAUAAUGAAGGACGCUGAAUCUGCCGAGGAUACAAGUAGUGGAUCUGCAAGAACAAAGCCGACUGCGACCCCUGCACCUGUUGAAGCUCAUGAGGUUCACCAGACCACUAUCGACGUAAAACGAGCAGAGAGUAAGAAAGAGAGGACCCCCGAGCUUCGCAAGGAAAAAUCAUCCGAAAAGUCGAAGACCGACUCGAAGAAGACGAAGGAAGAAUCUAAAAAAGAUGACUCGAAGAAACAGUCACCCAAGAGAGAGAUACCACCGCCUCCUAAAAAGGAGCCUCCUAAGAAGGAGAAGAAAGAGGACCCUCCGAAGAAAGACGCCACUGCCUCUAAGAAGGACGCGAAGAAAGAAUCUUUGAAGAAGAAGGAGGAGACCAAAAAAGAGUCAUCUCCCGCUCCACCGAAGAAGGAGACGUCACCCCCUAAGAAGGAGCCGUCUCCUGCGCCGCCCAAAAAAGAACCUUCACCCCCGAGGAGAGAAGCUAAGGCUAAGGAGGAGUCCCGGAAACCGGAACCGAAGAAAGAUUCUCCCAAAAAGGAGGCUCCUAAGAAGGAGGAGAAAAAGAUCAAGAGUCCUUCAGCAGCUCCUCCCGAGCCGCCAAAGAAGCCGGAGGAGAAGAUCAAGGAGCGAGUGACUGCUCUUGCCGAGACCGCUGUCUCUGAAGUCAUCCAGAAAACCGAACUUCCGAGCACCGCAUCGCCUCAGAAGAAGAAACGCGAGGGCACUCCGGUCGACGAGCUUUCAGCCGAACUCUUGGAGCAGAUCGUCCGAGACGAUCAGGACUUGGCUCUGAAGGGUGGAGCUUCCAAGAAAGCGGCGAGAGACGUCAUCGACGCGGGUCCGGGAGGUGUUAUGGGUAGGAACGUCGAUAUUGAAACAUACAUCAAGGAGACCACGCCCGAAGAAAUUGUCAUUCCGGAGUACCGCCAGGAAACUCGAACGGUUACCAUGACCUCUAUGACGACGACCGUCACCAGAGAAGGUAUCGCCGCAAGGACGUCCAAAGAGGAGGAAUCUGGACCUGGAGCCGAGGCUAUGAGUUUCAUAGAGAAGAAGGAGUACUUUGAAACUCUGGCGACGGAAACCGCCGAAGUCCUCUCACCGACACAACGGGAAGGAGGAGCAGCUGUCGGCGACUUUGGAAGGAGAUUGUCCCAGGAGCGUCAGAUGACCAGCGCAAUCGAGACGGCCCAGGAGCCGGCCGCGAGCCGCAUCGUCGGUGUCGCCAGCGCUCGCAAGGAAGACGAGCAGACGGCACCGACCCCGCCGCAGGAGAUCAAGAGACUCCUGGUGAAGACCGUCGAGGAAGGCCGCGAGGUUCAGGAGUUCGUCGACCUCAUCAAGCAGGAAGCGCAGUCGACAGAGAAGACGCAAACGUCUUCGGCCCCCGAAACCACGAGAAAAGGAAGCCAGAGCGAACAACCAAAACAAUUGGAGCAAGCUGAAAUCAAGGAGCCUGUUGCACCGGGAGCCGCCGAGCUGCCGAAGCGUACGACGAAAGUCGUACGGAAGGUCGAGGAGAAGAAGAGCAAUCAAUCCGACACGGCGAUGGAAGAGACAAAAGUCAAAGCAGGAUCAGGAGUCGACAGUGACAAGGCCGACGAGGUAUCCAGCGAAUUGCCUCAGGCCGAAACCAAGUUGAGCUCUGUGUUUGGAGAAAAACUCUUUCCCAGCGCGGCCGCCACCAAAGGAGAAGCCACGCUCCUAGACGAAGCCGCUCUGGAGAAGUUCACCGUUCACUCUUCGGAGGAAUUCACUCUGCAGCACAGCGAGGUGUCUGCCAGCAAGACUGUCGUCAUACAGCAAUCGAAAGACUCACUGGUUAUGCAGGAAGAAUCUCCGCAGAAGGACUUCACUGGAUACGAUAUCGGCUCAUCGCCGACGAUGUUGGCCCACAAGGUUCAGAUGCCGCUGACGCCCGAGUUGGAACGCGACGACAUGUUGCGCGUCGAGUACGCAUCCGAGGAAAUCGGCUCCAUCCAAAUGGAGACCACCAGUUCCAUGGGCCAGCUGUCCCCCGACGAGACCGACGAACACGUUGCGAGUCCGGGAUCCUCGUCCCAGAAAACAGAAACCAAGUCCGAAGUAACGGGGUCCGCUGACAGCACCGAGGAGGAAGCCUCGCUCUCACGCGAAGUCGAACAGAUCGCCCACAAACUCCAGGAACAUGAGCUCGUUUUGGAGGAGGAACUCCCUCUGACCCCCGACGUGUCCGAGUAUUCGGACAAGGUCGCGCCCGCCCCGAAAGGCCCGACCAAGGAACAGCUGGAGCAGCGCCGAAGCGUCGGGAGGCGCGGCGCCCGUCCCUCGGCCAGUCGGAGCUCUGUCUCCGGACGAGCCGCUGAUAUCCUGGAAGCCACCGAGGAAGAGGAUAGCGAGAGUCGUAAAAUAAGUCUGGAAACAGUUUCCAGCGAUCUCACCAAAGAGGAGGAACCAUCCGACUUUUCCAGAUCUGAAUUAUCCGAACAGGUGACGCUAACCGAAGACUACGACCUAUCCCGAUCUCCGACGAUGAGAGCCCACGCGGUGAGGAUGACGGAGGAGGCCGCCGAUCGUCUCCUCCAUGCGCAAGAGUACGAAGAGGUGCUCCGGAUGCAGACCGACAGCGAGGGGAGUUCCACUCAAGCUCCUCAGAAACCCGUAAGUCUCGGAGAGCCCGCCCGUCCCGAACUGACCGUCGAGGAGAGCACCCCGAUUCAGGAAACCGCAAAAGGGGCGGAUGUCCCAGAGAGCUCUGAUGACUACGACGUACGGAAAUCACCAACCAUGAAAGCUCACGCCGUCAAACUCACGGAAGAAGACGCCGAUCGUCUCCUUCACGGCGAUGAGUACAUGGAAGUGCUGCAGAGCAUGGAAUCCGACCAUGGGGUCUCUCAGGAGGUUUCGACCUCGAUCGAGACUCGGUCAGAUGAUUUCGAUAUCCGCACCUCGCCGACAAUGAAAGCCCACGCUGUCAAGAUGACCGAGGAGGAUGCCGAUCGAUUACUUCACGAAGACGAGUAUCUAGAAGUACUUCAACAACAACAACAACAGCAACAACAAGAUCAACAACAGACUGAACAAUUGGAUCAGCCGAGCUCGUACGAUAUCCGAACCUCGCCAACGAUGAGGGCACACGCCGCGUUCCUCGGGAGCACCGAACAGAAGGAAGAGUUCCUCACGAUAACCCAAGAGGAGACCGUAGUAACCCGUCAACACGAUGCCCUUAGCCCCGACGAGCCCAGCGUGGCGUCGUCCACCAAAGACAUCGACCAUCAUGCGAGGGGUUCAAGCCCCGAAGCCCUAUCACCCACUGAAGUGAAACCAGCCAUGAGUCAAAGCGUCACAGAAGUCACCACGACCACGGUGACGACUUCCGUUCAGGAGUCGUCGAGUACUCCCGUAGACGAAGCCAUGCCACGACAGGACUUUAAUCCUCUACAACGGAGCGAGAGCCCAGACCCUGAGGCGCUCAUGGAUCAAACCGAAGUUCCUAGAUUCACCAUGAAGACGACGAAGACUGUCGUGGAAACCGUCGUUCUCCCAGAGAGCGGAGAGCCCGUGAUCACGAAAACGACGACUAAGGACGUGAAGUACACCGACCCGGAGGGUGUUGAGCAUCAGAUGCACAGCGUUGAGAAACUCGGAGAUCCGACCCAAGCGGAUCAACAACAUAGCAGUAUUCCCAAAGACAUUCCAAUGGCUCGCGCUCUGUCAGAAGAGCAGUCCGAAGCCAUUAGUGAGAGUUCAAUGGUUGAGAGAGAACUUAGUCCUGAGCCGGAGGCCCUUCAGGAAAUGAUGAGAGCAACCAGAUCUUCGACAAUCGAACUUUUGCAACCACAACCGCAACAGCCACCACAACAUCAGCAGCAGCAGCAGCAGCCGCAACAACAAACGAGCACCGCGCAGAGAUCUCCGAAGAGAUCCGAUCGACCCACGAGAAGGCGUCGAGCCUCGUGCAGGAAGUUACCGAAAGAGCCGCGGAAAUUGCUUCGCAGAUGGCGGCGGCCGCAGCGGCUGCCGCCGGCGGGCGUGGCUCGCGAUAUAAUCGAAGAACUAGCCGAACAGAACGACUCCGAUGAAGAUCGAGCACAGCACAAGGAGAAGACGAUUCUGCUCACGAUGAACGACUUCAGUUCUUCGCUUGAAGAAGAAAUCCUAGAGACCGGAUCCGCAGAUAGCCUCGACGUCGAUAUCGAGGCGGAACAUCCUGCAACCUCCACUGAAUCAAGCCAUACAGUGCAAGAGACGUUGCAAAAGGAAUCCGAACACCACUUGUCUGAAGUUCCAACAUCCACAUCUGCAGCUACAGCUGCAUCGAGCACCGCCGCAGCCUCAGCAGCAGCAGCAGCUCUAUCGUCAGAGCGCGCUGCCGACGAUGGGCGCGGCAAAUCCGCUGGAGAUUCUAGCGUGGAAAACUCCAUGACAAUUCACGAGCAUCCGAUGGCGUUCGAGAACGCGGCGUUCCGAGAGGACUCUGGCGGCGUAGUCACAGGCGACGUUCGUCCAGGUGAGGAGGAGCCCGGCGAUGACGAGGAGCAUGGACAGAGUAUUCGGUCCUCGGCCGCGCAACUUAGUUCGAGCACCUUCACCGCAAGCGUGGAAACCCUGACAAUCACUGAUAGCACGUACACUACAACGUCUACGUCUACGACAACGACCAUUACGAGCGGUAGUGGGACAGUGAUCGCACAGGGCCUGUCAUCGAGACAGGAAUCCAAGGACGAGUCCACGAUCUCGCAGGAUAUCACUCGCUCGGCCUCGGACAGCGGCGAUGAAGACGCUGCUGCCGGUGGAGAUAACGAUGAUGACGACGACGACGACGAAGACGACGAUAAUCCCAAACUCGGUGUUCAGUUGCGCGUGAAAAGAGACCCGAGCUCCUCAGAUCAGAGCAAACGUCAGAGUUAUCUCUCGGAGGGUUCCUCCGAACGAGACUCGGACCGACAAACCCAAGUGCCUUCUUCGUCCGAGCAAAUCUCAUCGACGACACAUACGUCUGAAUAUGAGACCGCAUCCCAAGGAUCGAAGCUCACGAUCUCCACAUCGUCAACGACGUAUAAGACGGCGCAUUCGUCGACACAGUCUACGAUUUCCGAUGUUUCGGAUCAUUCCACGAGUCAUUUCUCCACGGCGACCAUGGGACAGAGCGGUGACCUUUCGGACGCGAGCGACACGAUCCUGGAAUCACCAAUCGGUCCCGCGGGCGACAGACGCGAAGCUCAUCAACCCGAAGAGAGCAACAGUCCGAUGGAAGAGCUGCUGCGGAGAUAUCCGUACGGACUUCCCAGCAGCGGAAUCGAAGCAGACGAGGAUGAAGGCGGCUACGCGGAUGGCUGUUACGACAAAGCCGGAAUGGGUGGAAUGCUAAGGAAGAAGAGACUGAGUCCCAUCCUGGACGACCACGGAAGCACGCCCGACGCGGAUUCCUCGUCCAUGAAGAGAUCGCUGGGUCGAGGCAGCGAACGAGACGAUAUGAGCGUAUGUUCUCUUCAAGAAUUUGAGCGACUGGAGGCCGAGAUGGCUGCUAGCAAAACCAGCGUUCCUUCCAGUUUAGAAUCGAGCAGUCAGCUGGCCGGAGGCUUGCCUUCGGCCCUGAGUUCGUCCCAGCCGGCGGAUUUCGAGCGGCUCGAACGAGAAAUGCAGCUUGAGAGUUUGAGUAGUUUGCACGCGGAGAAAUCAUCGGCGGCGGGUAUGGCCGUCAUCCAGGAGCACGAUAUGUCUUCCUCUCAGUUUGGUCAAGCCGGAACGACGCUCCAGGCUGGAGCGUCCUCACUUUCCGAAGACGAUUCCACCGCGGCCACCACCGAACUCCAUCGGAGUUCCCACGCCCAGCAGCGACGACUCGAGCAAGAAGAUUCCGUAGCCGUUGAGCAACGCAACGAAGAGCUGCUGGACAGCCUUAUCGAAGAGAUUGAGCACCAGCACAAAGACGAAGCCAUUCACCUCGACGAGGACAAAGGUAUCGAGCCGGACUCCCUCGGACAGGAGCGGACGCCGGACUUUCCCGAUUCGUUGGCCCAGUCGCGUGGAGAAGCAGCUCUGUACGAUUCGUUGCACGAAGUCAAGGAGAUUGGGGAAUGGGAUUCAUACCACGAGGGACGGGACGAAUUGGCCGAAAUUGCACCGCGUUCCAUCGACCCGCAGCGCUCGACUACGCUAUUUAGCGGCGUUAUCAGCACGGAACAACCGGACUCGGGUCUGUUUCACAGCGACGAUGAGAGAACCGCCGUGACGAUGAGCAGCUCUUUGUCAGCCCGUGGGCCUCUCCCGGCAGACUGCAAGCAAAUUCCAGAGAGUCUUCUCACGGGCGAAAUACUGACGGCAGCCGAGUCACACACCGGUGUGCAAACAAGUGUGACCACCAGGACCAUAACCGAAGUCGACUAUGACUCCGAAGGCAAUCCGCACGAGAAAACAGUCACCAUCACCACCACUCGCAAGGUUACGACUGACAAAGAUGGUCAACAGCACGUCGAGGAGACGGAAACCAGGAGCUAG